AUGAAGCAACAGCUUAGUGCUAACAUGAAACAACCCCAGUUUGUAAUCUUAGGAGGAGGCAUUAUUGGCUUAUCGUGUGCAGUGCGGCUGUCGGAGAAGUAUCCGGAUGCUUCUUUGCAUAUUAUCGGUGAACAUUUUAGCCCACACACAACAAGCGAUGUUGCUGCCGGACUGUGGGGUCCUUAUGCAUUAGGUAACACGCCUGAAACAACCUGUAGAAAGUGGGCAAAGGAUACACAUACGUACAUGCAUCAACUUUGGCGUAGUGGGCAUGCAGAAAAGUGCGGCUUAUGUCUUGUGCCGGUGGUGGAGCUAUUCACAGCCGAAGAAGAAACUACACCGUGGUGGCAUAAUAUUGUAUUUGGUUUCCAAACCCACCAUUUGCAGCCAGAACAUGCGGAACUUCUCGGACACAAGCUUGGCCAAAACAUGUAUCGUACGGCUAUAUCAUACGUAACGUUUACAUGCGAGCCCACAAGGAUAAUGAGCCACUAUCGUAAAAUUUUGUCCGCACGCAACGCCCAGUUCAGGACAGAACGGUUGGAAAGCUUGCGUUGUUUAACUAGAUUAAACAUAAAUUCCAACGCAAUCAUAAUUAACUGUUUGGGCUUGGGUGCCCAGAGUGUUGUCGGCGAUACCGACCUCGGGCCCAUUCGUGGACAAGUGCAAAAGGUGAAAGCGGAAGGAGUGUUUCAUUCCUUUGCAAACGAUGAAUGCUACAUUAUUCCGAACACGGAUACGGUAACGCUUGGUGGCACGAAACAAAAAAGUACUCGCACACGCCCCUGUCCAGUGGAUCGAUAUAUGAUCAGGACGAACUGUACAGCUAUAGUACCUUCGUUGCGUGAAGCUCGCCUACUGAAGGACGCGGUUGGACUACGUCCAGUGCGAUCAACUGGAGUGCGUGUAGAAAUGGAAAACGUUUACCUUUUUGAUGGUGAGAUGGACGACGCAUCCCUUCUUGUGCACAACUAUGGACACGGUGGUGCAGGCAUCACCCUGGCUUGGGGAUGCGCAGGAGAAGUUGUUCAUCUCGUAGAACGGGAACUGGGUUCCACCGUCGAGUCGAAGUUAUGA